CACACAUCGCAACUAAUCGAGCUCUGGCCAGCUCGUCCCAACCGGGCCUAAACGGUUCCGCCAAGCGUUAAAGCCAAAGAACCAAAAACAAAAAACUAAAAAACAUUUAAAUAAAAUAAGUUUGUGCUUUAAAAUCGGUAGAAAAUUGUGUGUUCAUUUCAAGUCAAGCGUGUGCAUUUGUUUUUCGAUUUUCGUGAUUAUCCAAGUAGACAAAACAAUUUGAACAUCGCUCUCCGUUGAGUGUUUUCAUUUUAUAUUGGCCACGGCGUGUGCGGACAGAGCCAUUGAACUUUGAAAAACAAGAAAAGUAUUUGGAAAAAUACAUAAACAAGAAUACACAUAUAAUAUAUAUGUUUGUUUGCGGUGCGUCGCAGAAUAAAAUCGCUUGUUUCUACGCUGCAAGAAUUGUUUAAAUUUAACUUUCUGCUUUGCUGUUUCUUUCGUAAACAAAUUAGUGGUCUGAGUAAGAGACUAAGCCAAAGCAGCAAAUGUGACUAUUAACAAUAAAUUGUGAUACCAAAACACAUGUGAACUCCUUUGGCAAUUGGCCUUGCCGCAUCUCCUCUUCAACGCUCGAGGAAAACAUCGUCACAAGCAUACAUAGUACAAAAAUACAGAAAUAAACUCACUUAGUUCCAAUCUAACACUCACCUCAACAUGGAUUUCGAUCAGAUUCUGGCCAAAUGUGGCGACUUUAAUCGCUACCAGUUCAUGAUACUCGCCCUCUUUGGGUUUAUUAAUAUCAUCGUAUCGAUGCAUUACUUUACGCAGACAGUCAUUAGUUUUGUGCCAGAUCAUUGGUGCUAUCAUGAUAAGCUAGUGAAUAUGACCUACAAGGAGAUCGGUGAGAUCUAUUCUCAGUUCAAGAAUCCUUCGUGCACAAGACUGGAAGACAUCAAUGGACACAAUGUCACAGUCAGCCCUUUGGCCUGCGAGCGUUGGAUCUACAACUAUGACUUUGGCUACAGGAGCAUGAACACAGAGCUAAACUGGGUCUGUGACUCGGCGUACAAGGCGCGUAUUGGCCAGAGUCUGUUCUUUAUUGGUUCCGUGGUGGGUACCCUUUUCUACGGUCUGCUUUCCGAUAAAAUUGGACGCGUUCCUGCCCUCAUCUUGUCCAACUUCUGUGGCUUUGCCGGGGAUUUCUCUACCAUAUUCACCAAGAGCGUGGCCACCUUUACUCUGUGUCGCUUCAUUUCAGGCCUUGCUGCCGACACCAACUUCUAUCUGAUGUACAUUAUAGUGCUUGAAUAUAUUCGCCCUAGUAUGAGAACCCUGGGCCUCAACAUGGCCGUGGGUUUGUUCUACUGCUUGGGUCUUGUGUUCACACCCUGGCUGGCGGUUCUGGCCGGGCACUGGCAGAUCUAUCUGGCCUGCACCUCGUUGCCCAUCCUUCUAGUGGUUCUCUACUACUUUGUGGUGCAGGAGAGCGCCCAGUGGCUAGUCACGCGCAAUGACAUUGAUGGGGCCAUUGUGCGGCUGAAGCGGGUGGCCAAGUUCAAUGGUUGUCGGGUGACGCAGGCGGAGUUCGAUGAGUUCCGGCGUCAUUGUCAGAUGACCCGAGAGAUGCAGGGUGGCGAUGACAAGAAGCAUGCCACACUCCUGGACAUGUUCAGGACGCCGCGCAUGCGCAAGAACACGCUCAUUUUGUUCUUUAAGAGCAUGGUCAUCACUCUCUGCUACGAUGCCGUCUCCCGAAAUGUGGAGGGCAUGGGCAUCUCACCCUUCAUUAUGUUCUCACUAAGCGCCCUGGCCGUACUGCCUUCGAGUAUCCUGCUGGUCCUGCUGCAGGAUCGCAUUGGACGCAAGGGCAUGGCCUCAGGUUCAUUGCUGGUGGGUGGAAUCUUCACCACCGCCGCUGGCAUUGCGAUUGCUUAUCAGCAGCACAACCACAAUGCCAUCUUGCUGGCCUGUCUCACAAUAGCUGUCAGGUUUGGAGUGGCCAUUUCCUAUGAGUCGGGAUCGCAGUAUGCCACCGAGCUGAUUCCCACCUGUGUGCGAGGCCAGGGAGUGGCCGCUGUUCAUGUGGCCGGUUUUGCGGCAUCCUUCCUAGCGCCCUAUAUCCUUUGGCUGGGCACCUUCUUCAAGGCAGCACCCUCUAUUAUCCUGGGAGUGCUCUUCUUCGCUGGUUCCUUUGUGUGCCUGCUGCUGCCAGAGACGCUCAAUAGGAGCCUGCCCACAACCAUCGAGGAGGGUGAGGUGUUUGGCAAGGGCGAGCGCAUGUUUGACUUCCCCUGUCUGCACAAACGCCAUGACGACGAGGAGUCCGACUCGGAGCUGGAGAAGUACAAGCGGAAGCACUCCUUGAUCGAUGCCAAACAGAUGGAGUCCUCCUCGAAUGGAAAGCGCAAGCAGUCCCUGAUCGAUGCCGAUCGCGAGGAGCAGGCCCUGAAGGAUGCCAAGCACUGAGGGGGGAGAUCUUUAGAUCCUAGUUUAGCUAACCAAUUUUUGCCUAGACCUUAAGACCCCAAAAGAUCCAUGCCGGACCAAACCCCAGGAUGCAGUGGGCACCAGGAGGCCCUUAAAUGUGCUCAGUAUGCGAAAGCCUUUUCAUAUUUGUAUAGUGUUUACGUGUACCCGAUUAUAUAAAUUUAUAUUUAAUUAUAUAUGUAUACCUACUCUAGCUGAUAAAGAUCUAGGGUUUAUCUGUACAUUUAACUAUGUCGAAAAUAAUUGUUUUUUUCCAAAUCGCUGAUUGUGUAUAAGAUGGAAUCGUAUAGUUAACACUUAAGCGGCACAAAAUCACUUAACUAAAUCAAUUGAAUACUUAACAUAAGAGUUUUUCAUACAUCCUAUACACUAUAUAUAUAUUCUGUACAUAAGUGCUAUAUACUACUUAGGCCAGUAACUGAAUGUUCUAUUUUUGAUUUCGAUCUUUAAGAAAAUGAGAACCAUUAAGAAAACUGAUAAUAAUUAAUUAAAUUUAGAAAACAACAAAAUAU